ACAAAACUGACACAAGCAACUCGCAGACCACAGCCAGCUUCCAGGGACGUACAACAACUUUAAAACACACCAAAACACUUGAAGAAGUCUUUCACAGAUUCUGACCCUUGGUAACAACUCACGAGGUGGACAUUCAACUCUGACAAAAAGUGUGAUGGCGGUGUGGGACCUGUCAGUCACAGUGGAGGACUUGGGUGCAGAUGCUCCCCCUGUCACUCUCAGUGUGACCUCUGACCUACAUGUUGGUGGGGUCAUUCUCAAGCUAGUUCAAAAGACACAGAUCCAACAGGAUUGGUCAGACCAUGCACUUUGGUGGGAGCAGAAGCAGAAGUGGUUGCUGCGGACAGCCUGGGCCCUGGAGAAGUAUGGGAUCCAUGCUGACGCCCGACUUGUCUUCAUGCCCCAACACAAGCCUCUAAAGCUGGGCUUGCCCAAUGGCAAAACUGUACAGCUACGUGCAUCUUUCUCCAGUCCGGUCUUCCAAACUGUCAUUGGCAUCUGCAGAAUGCUCAAUAUCCGGCAUCCAGAAGAGCUCUCGUUGCUGCGUCCAGUCGAAGAGAAAAGGAAAAAAAAGGACAAAGACAUAACAGAAGAGCUCUAUGACUUGACUGGGGUCCCACUCAGUUCAGUAUCUCGGCCAUCUAUGUAUAAUGGUAUGCCAGCUCAUUUUGUCGACUCGGCAGAGAUGGAGGCUGUUUACAAGAUGCUGUCAGUGACUCAGCCUCCUCCAGCUCCUGAGGUGGUGGCUAAGCAGUACCGCCCAGCCAGUGUAGUGGAUAAGGCCCACAUCAAUGGCCGGUGGCUGGACUCUUCUCGUAGUCUUCUGCAGCAAGGGAUCCAAGAAAACGAUCGGCUCUGGCUUCGCUUUAAAUACCAUGCUUUUUAUGAUAUUGAGCCCAAGUAUGAUGUGGUUCGCUUAACACAAUUGUAUGAGCAAGCUCGAUGGGCCAUCCUGUUGGAGGACAUUGACUGCACAGAGGAGGAGAUGAUGUUGUUUGGUGCUCUACAAUAUCACAUCAGUAAAGUUGCUCAGUCAGAGCCGCAGUUACUGGCCUCCACCGCUGCCAUGGACGAUCUGGAGUCUGCUCUACAGUCUCUGGAAGUCAAGUUAGAGGGAGAGAGCAGCUCUGCUUCCGAGAUGCUGGACAAUAUGACAGCACCCGAAUUAAAUGAUUAUCUAAAAAUAUUCAGACCUAAAAGACUGACUCUUAAGGGAUAUAAGUUGUACUGGGUUAAGUUCCAGGAUACAUCAAUUUCUUAUUUCAAAAGUAAAGAAGAAUCCUUUGGAGAACCUAUUCAACAGAUCAACCUCAAAGGAUGUGAAGUAGCUCCAGAUGUAAAUAUUGCAGCUAACAAGUUCCUUAUCCGUCUCUUGAUCCCGUCACCAGAGGGCAUGAAUGAGGUCUACCUGCGCUGUGAAGAUGAGGAGCAGUAUGCACAGUGGAUGGCUGCAUGUCGACUUGCUUCCAAAGGGAAGAGCCUGGCCGACAGCAGUUACCAGAGUGAAAUCCAAAGCAUCAGCUCCUUUUUGGCAAUGCAAAAGACCAAAUCUGGCUCCCAUGGCAAAACACCUGCUGCAGAUGAAAGCAUCAAUACACACAGCUUGGUUUCCCCACGCUACCAUAAGAAAUAUAAAGCAAAACAGUUGACUCCUCGAAUCCUUGAUGCAUAUCAGAAUGUAUCUCUCCUCACACUGACCGAUGCAAUCAUGCGCUUUCUGCAAAUAUGGCAGUCCCUUCCAGAUUUUGGCCUUGCAUAUGUUGUUGUCAGGUUCAAGGGUAGCAGAAAAGAUGAAGUUUUGGGAAUUGCACCCAACAAACUGAUAAGGAUAGACCUGGGAGUUGGAGAUGUGGUCAAGACUUGGCGCUACAACAACAUGAAGCAGUGGAAUGUAAACUGGGAUAUUAAGCAGAUGGCUAUUGAAUUCGAGGGGAACAUUAACAUUGCAUUCAGUUGUGUUACCGCAGAGUGCAGAAUUGUUCAUGAGUUUAUUGGGGGUUAUAUCUUCAUGUCAACACGCAAUCGUGAGAACAGCAACACACUGAACGAAGAGCUCUUUCAUAAAUUGACCGGGGGCCAUGAAGCCCUCUAGAAAUGGGUUUCCCAUAACUCAAUGAUACAUUAGUACAAAGUCACAUAAUCAAAGGGCACAAAAGACUUAACUUUGCACUAGUUUAUUAUCAUUAUUAUUGUGCAUGAUAUUGUGUGUGUUUAUUAUUCACUGUAAACAUGAACAUACUGAAGCAAAUACAGU